AUGUCUCUUGAUCAUUUUAUCCGUCUGGCCGACAGUAUUGUCGAGUUUGAAGCCGAUUAUAAUGAGAAUCGUUAUCCAAUUAAUUCUAUUCAUGCGUUAGAAGUACAUAAAUAUGAACUCAAGUCUACCUGGUCUCGUGUUAAAACAGCAUAUGAAAAAUUUUUAUUCGAUAAGGAAAACGAAGAGGAAAGAGAGGAAAACGCUACCGGGGAAGUUGAUGAUUUGGAAGCUUUUAAAGAUAAAUACAAAAGUACUUAUACUACUUAUUGUAAAAUAUUGAUAAAAUUGUCCGAGCUUCGUGAUCAGUCACGUGAGAAAACUGACACAAGUCCAAUUAAUCCCCAGUUUUUCCCAGAUCAGGCCGUCUCUUCCCAAACAUCCCAAUCAUCCCAUAGAUUUCAUCUUCCUCCUUGUGAAAUAGAGACCUUCCAUGGUAACUAUGAGUCAUGGCCGACUUUCCGUGAUUUAUUCACAGCCAUGUUUAUUCAGAAUUCCACAUUAAGCCCAGUUGAGAAACUAUUCCAUUUGAAUCAAAAAACUAGCGGAGAAGCAAGAGAGAUCGUUAAGAAGAGUCCUUUAACGAAUCAGGGUUUUGAUUUGGCCUGGUCAAAUCUGACUCAACGAUUUGAGAAUCGUCGGGUCCAAGUGAAUAGCCAACUCAGAAUUUUAUUCAAUCUGCCUAACCUAGAAUCCGAAUCGGCAAAAUCUAUUCAAUAUUUGCAAAGAGACAUUAAUUCAUGUAUUUCCAUAUUACGACUCCAUCGCAUAGACGUUGACAGCUGGGACCCUAUUUUUGUUUUCUUGUGUACCAAUAAGCUUCCAGAUUCAACAUUGACUCUAUGGGAACAAGGCUUAGUUGAUAAGACAUCGAUUCCAAAAUGGUCUGAUUUAGAUUUAUUCCUGACAAAUCGUUACAGAACUUUGGAAUCUGUUUCUGAAAUCCGUUCUGCUGUAUCCAAACCUACCGAGUCCAAGCCUAAAACGAGUCGUUCAUCCAAAGUUGUUAAUGCUUUUCCGAAUAAGGUUUCCCAGCCUAAAUGUCAGUUAUGUACCAAUGAGUAUCAUCCGAUACGCAAAUGUUCAAAAUUUUUGCAAAUGGGCCAUUCUCAGCGCUUCAAUGAAAUCAAAAAGCAAAGCCUGUUCCUUAAUUGCUUCUCUAAGACUCAUUUCGUCAAAAACUGUACAAGCAAAAUCAAUUGCUUCCGUUGUAACAAAAGACACAACACAUUACUCCACAAGGAAACCGACGCAUCUGCUCCAUUACCUGCCUCUAGUUCAACAUCCAAUACGAAUCUCAAUCCAAAUUCAGCACCGUUCGUUACUAAUUCUAAUUCACUUACCAUACAGUCCACUACUAGUUCCGAUGCUGAAGUCGUUUCAUCUUGUUUCACUGAGAAUUCCAAAGGCAUUUUACUAGGUACGGCAAUGAUUGAUAUUUGUUACUUGGAUAAUAGAUAUCAAGCACGAGCGUUAAUAGACUCAGGUUCAAAAGGGUCUUUUAUUUCUGAAAGACUUUUCAAUUUACUUAAACUUCCUUCAACACGUACUAAUGCUCAAGUUUCUGGGCUAAAUAAUACGAUUUCCGCUAGUGUUGAUAAACAAUGUUCAUUUUUGAUUAGUUCCAACCUGAAUCCAGAUAUACAGCUGCUAAUCACUGCUUUAGUAGUUCCACAUUUGUCUGGUCGUCUUCCCUCGAAAACUUUUGAUCGCUCACUAUUUUCCCAACUUCCUCCUAUCCAGUUAGCCGAUCCACAGUUCCAUACAAGUUCGAAAGUAGAUAUUCUAAUUGGUGGCGAUUUGUUCCCUUCGAUUAUGCGAUCUGGUGUAAAGCAUAAUGUAUGCGGUUCACUAAUAGCACAAGAAACUAUCUUUGGGUGGAUUCUAACUGGACCUUUGUCCAAUAUCUCUACUCCCAGUUGUUCCUUAGUUUCCUAUUUCUGCGAAAUCUCUUUAGACAAGGAGAUUUCUCGUUUUUGGGAGGUGGAGAAUCUUCCAAGGAAGAACUUUAUUUCAUCAUCCGACAAAUUUUGUGACGAUCUUUAUGCCAGGACUACCAGAAGGGGUAUAGAUGGUCGAUACAUUGUUUCUCUCCCAUUUAAAGAUGGGUAUCCUGAGAAACUUAGUUUAGGCCAGUCUCGAAAUAGUGCUAUGGCGCAAUUUCUGCGAAAUGAGACUCGGCUAAUUCGUUCACCUGAUAUGAAAUCCAUUUAUGAUAGCGUGGUCGAAGAAUAUAUUGAUUUAGAUCAUAUGGUCAAGGUUACUCCGCCACACAACUCAAAAAUUUGUCCAUAUUAUUUACCACACCAUGCUGUCAUAAAACCUGAAAGCACGACAACAAAGGUACGCGUUGUUUUUAAUGCGUCAUCUCCAUCUUCUAAUGGGUUAAGUCUAAAUGAUAUCCUUCAUACUGGUCCAAUUUUACAAAGUGACUUGACAUUACUCAUUCUGAAGUGGAGAUUUUUCAAGUAUGUCUUCAAUGCUGAUAUCCAAAAGAUGUAUCGACAAAUCCUUGUCGAUCCGAAGCAUACUGUGUUCCAAAGAAUUUUAUUCCGCAAUAGUCCAAACGUAAUUAUCCAAGAUUACGAACUAAAAACAGUGACAUUCGGCGUUAAUUGCGCGCCUUACCUCGCUAUUCGGACUAUACUCCAAUUAGCCGAUGACAUCGAGGCUACCUUUCCAAAAGCUAGCCAUAUUCUACGUAGUUCAAUGUACGUAGACGAUGCAUUGGCCGGUGCUCAUUCAAUCCAAGAAGCGAAAGAAUCUAAAAAGCAGUUAAUACUUGCACUUCAAUCGGCUGGAUUUUCCCUGUGA